CAUGACUGGCACCUGACUGAACAAUAACCCAAGAAGUACUUAAGAAGAGCACUGAUUGAGAUGUUUCCAUCACCAGACAGUUGCUUCUAGUCCUCCUACACACGCAGGAUGAAGUUGUUGAUAGUUGUGGCCACGGCUGUAUCGGUGGCGUGCUCCGCUAGCCUCUCCCUGGAGGACCUGGAGUUCCAUGCCUGGAAACUGAAGUUUGGGAAGUCCUACAGCUCUCCAGUGGAGGAGGCCCAACGCCGGGACUCCUGGAUCUCCAACCGCCGGCUAGUUCUGGUGCACAACAUUCUGGCUGACCAGGGCAUCAAGUCCUACCGCCUGGGCAUGACCUACUUUGCUGACAUGGACAACCAAGAAUACAGACGCCUCGUGUCCCAGGGCUGCCUGGGUUCCUUCAACUCCUCUAAGCCCCGUGCCGGUUCUACCUUCUUCCCGGUGAUCGGAGACAAUGACCUGCCCACCACGGUGGACUGGAGGGACAAGGGCUUCGUCACCCCCGUCAAGGACCAGAAGCAGUGUGGCUCCUGCUGGGCUUUCAGCGCGACCGGCUCUCUGGAAGGCCAGCACUUCAAGAAGACCGGCAAGCUGGUGUCCCUGAGUGAGCAGCAGCUGGUUGACUGCUCGGGGAGUUUUGGCAACAUGGGCUGCAUGGGCGGGCUGAUGGACCAGGCCUUUGACUACAUCAAGUCCUUGGCUCCCGGAGGCGUAGACACAGAGGACUCCUACCCUUAUCAGGCGGAGGACGAGACGUGCCGCUACAAACCCGAUAGUGUAGGCGCCACCUGCACCGGUUAUGUCGACAUCGCCAGCGGAGACGAGACGGCGUUGAAGCAGGCCGUGGCGACCAUCGGACCCGUGUCUGUAGCUAUCGACGCGGGCCACUCCUCCUUCCAGCUGUACGACUCAGGUAUCUAUGACGAACCAGACUGCAGCAGCGACGAGCUUGAUCACGGCGUGCUGGCGGUAGGUUAUGGCACCAGCGACGACGGCAAGGACUACUGGAUGGUGAAGAACAGCUGGGGCCUGGACUGGGGAAGUAAAGGUUACAUCAUGAUGUCCCGGAACAAGCACAACCAGUGUGGAAUCGCCACUGCCUCCAGCUACCCCCUGGUCUGAAGGAUCCAGGAGAGGAUGCUUUACGAACGCUAAAGACGACCUGACACCUAGGAAAUAAUUUUGUAUAAUUUAGUUUUCUGUAGUAAUAACAAACUUGUGGUAUUUCACUUCUUGGAAUGUGCCGGAGUGUGAUUCUGCUUUUUGAAUGUAAAUACAUGCUUAAAAAAAUUAAAUAAAUCUGUGUGUGGUAGAAACGAC